GCUUUGACCAACUCCUCAGACUGCACUAUGAGAGCUCUUGUGUUUCUGCUGCUGGUGGCUGCAGCCACUGCAUACACGAUGGAGAAGUGUGACCUGGCAAGGAAGCUGAAACGAGCAGGAAUGCACAACUACAACGGAGUACCCUUAUCUGACUGGGUCUGUCUGGCAGAGCAUGAGUCUAGCUAUCGCACAGAUGUUGUAGGCCCUCCGAACUCGGAUGGUUCCAGGGACUACGGCAUCUUCCAGAUCAACAACAGAUAUUGGUGCAAAGAUGGCCAGUUCUCUGGUACAGGCUGUGGUGUCAACUACAGGGGUGAGUUGGCCAAAACAUGA